AUGGCGUUUCACAGUCAGGAUCUUGUGGAUGGGAGAAUUGCGAGAUCCAGCACACUGAAAGAAUUCAUCGAAAGAUUAAAUGAAGAUGAGAUACAAAGAUAUGUAAGCUCGAUCACAUACGAUAUAGAAACGCAACAAAUCUUCAUACAGCUGUCUCAAAAAUAUUUGAAAACUGCAGAUGAUUUAGAAGCUACAAGAACUGCAAAUGCUGGAAUCAGAGCAGCCAGCAGUCGCUUAAGCAGCUUGUCAAAACAGUUCAAGGAAACGUAUCCUAUCCUGUUGAGAGCAUUCCAAAAAUGGUCUCCAUGUAGGCAGAAACUUAUUAUGAUCUCAAAAUCAGGAGCUACAAGUUUGGAACGUAAUUCAAAAUGGCUCUCUUCUUUGAGGCUGGUUUGUUCAUUUGUGGAUCUCGCUGGAACUUUGGCUGAGGUGGUUUUGAGGAAUGGGCAGUCUCCGUGGUCUGAUUUCGCGUCCACUACUGCUUCUUCUUUUGGAUUCCUUGGAAUACUGUCGACCAUGGUGGAGAUGGGAAUAUCCAGGAGGAUUCACAGUCGAUUGACGAAAGCUGUUCGCGCUGACCAGAAGCAUUUCGAGCCCGUGAAAGAGUGGUUUGAACAAACCAGUGCACUAGAGUCUGCGGUGAAGGAUUUCUUCCCUUAUGGAAUCGAUAAAAAUCUUGUGAAGAAAAUCGAAAGUAGUAUGUCUAGUAUCGACAAAAAUGUAAAAAUAUGUCUUACGGCAGUCAUUUCUAAGGCACAGAAAGACAUCAGAUUGGUAAAGGAUGAAAAGUUGUGGCAAAAUGCAGAUUUGUUUUCAAGAAGCGAAGCUGCAGAGCUUUGGUGGAACAAGGUCAUCAUGGAAGACCAACCCAUGUUUCGGGAAUCCCUCAUAUCUUUUCUAGAAGAAGACAUCCGGCAGACGAGAAUGUACCUCAGCACGACGACUCAGUACUACCGUCUCUUGGAGGCUCGGAACUUCAUCCGCAUCAGCACCAGAGCCAAAGUCUUGCUGAUCAUCGGGAACAUGAUCUCGGCCGCGAUGCAUUUGUUCGAUGAUGAUUUGUCCGAAAUAUCGGAAGCCUUCAGAGAGUUGGGACAGGGCACUGAAAAAGAGUUGAGAGCAAUUGAAAGCGUCGUGGAACAGUUGAAACCGCCGCUCAAGUAA